AUGCGGUUGAAGCAUCAAGAAUUAUUCCUUCGCGAAAUAAUCCAUCUCAAAGGAAGAUGUAGUCAAGCCAGUGCUCAGUCUUGCUUGGAAUGUGAUCAUCCCAGCCUGGAGUACCGGUGUGAGGACUGCCUAGGGUCAGAGCUCUAUUGCUCAACUUGCAUCUUGUUGGCCCAUAGGUGGAACGGUCAAUAUUUCGAGCGAAUCUCACUGAAAACCCUGGGCCUUCACAUCCAGCUUGGCCACACCACUGGCCAGGAAUGUCUCAAUCCUUGUUGUGCAUUUAACAAUGAUUUUGUCAUUAUCGACACCCACGGUAUACACGAAGUGGCCCUUGACUUCUGUGAUUGUGCAACAGCCGAAAGCCACAUGCAGCUGCUUCAAAUAUCUUGGUUUCCUUCGACAACAUCAGAUCCAAAAACCGCUGCAACAUUCCGCGUUCUCGAGCAGUAUCACCUACUCUCAUUUGAGUCAAAAGUAUCUACAUAUGAUUUUUAUCACACGCUCAGGCGGAUGUCUGAUAACACUGGCCUACUUCCCGUCAAGUGGCGCCAUUUGAAGAUACUUAAGCGUUCGGGGCGAGGUCAUGACCCUAGUGGUAUAGAUGGGACAGCUGAGGGCGAAUGUGCCGUAUUGUGCCCAGCAUGCCCACACCCAGGGAAGAACCUUCCAGCUGAUUGGAAAGAUGCCCCUCGACAGUGGUUAUAUGGAUUAUUCCUCGCCAUUGAUGCGAAUUUCUGCUUAAAAUGCAAGGCUGUCUCCAAUGACAAUGUUGACCCAAGCCUGAGUCGUGGCUGGGGUUAUUUCAUGGAGGAAGAGGCUUAUAAAGGCUUCUUGCAUAGCAGUGCGGACAGCAUCCAAGAGAAAUCAACAUGUUCAAGUCACACCGCUGUCAACAUGGCCGAUACAAAAUCUAACCACGGACUCGCCAUUACCGGUUUAGGUACCGUCGACUGUGCUCACCACAAUAUGAAAAGGCCCAAUGCAGUGGGGGAUCUCCAAAAGGGUGAAAGAUAUAUUAACAUGGAUUAUUUGUUCUUUUCAACACUUCGUCAUACCAUACUCGACACUCUCAACAUAUCCUAUGAUAUCGCGUGCCAGUGGCACAAAAAAUUAUGGCACUGUAUGAGUGCCUUUCCAUUGUCAAUGCACCUCUCACAUACCGUCAAGACUGUCUCAUUUUUUGUGCCGAAGUUCCACUUACCUGCUCAUAUUGAGCAGUGCCAAACCUCCUUCUCAUUCAAUUUCAAGAGCAGGGUAGGAAGGACCAAUGGAGAAGCACCAGAACAUGGCUGGGCCAACAUUAACCCUGUCGCUUCAAGCACAAAAGAAAUGGGUCCCGGUGCACAGCAAGAAACCCUUGAUGACUACUUUGGAGACUCAAAUUGGAAAAAGGUUGUUGGACUUGGUGUGUUUAUUUUUGAUGCGUUGCCAGAGCAAGAGAACCAUUGUGAAGCAUUCGAGGACCUUAAUGACGGCUUGCGAGGCGAAUAUGGUGCCACCCUUGAACAGUGGAGAGAACAGGUGGAGGCUUGGGAGCAUGACGCUGCGCAGCCCAAUCCCUUCGAACAAAAGGCAGAAAGUAUCACUAUGGCUUCUGUACGACUGGAGCUGGCUAGGGAGGACCAGGUUGACCUUCAAACAGGGACUUACCUUGCCCUACACAAGGACUGCACUCCUAGUGUAUUGAUCAGUACUGGCUUAGAACUCGAGGAGCAGCAAUGGCGAAUGAAAGCAGACAGAGCUGGCCUUGGAGUUCAUGCAACGGACAAUCAAGAAGGAAAGAUGCUUCAGCGAAGCAACACUCUCCAAUGGAGGAUCGAUGCCUGGGCGAAGAUGCAGGAACUAUACAUGCUGUUUCUCACUGCACUACGUGCGAGUGAGAGCUCAGUAUCUAACAAUGUGGCCGCUGCACCAGAAUCAAUCAAGCUCUGCCUGCCAUCCCAUAUCAGCAGGACCGUGCCUUGUGACACCCGUCUCCAAGCCAUCGAAUGGAAGUUGCGGUAUGGGCAAGCUCACAAUGCACUCUGCUCUCUACAUUUGAACUUACGCGCUCAGACUGCAAUCCUCAAGUAUAAAGACCGGCACCUUUGUGGACAAGGAGCAAACACACAGGCACAGAAUACAUUGAAAGCCAUUGAAGCAAGGAUCGAGGCCGCUGCCAGCACUUACGAGCAUGCACAUAAAUCCCUCAUUGUUCUUGCACCACGAGGAACAAGAAAGCUGUCAUGGAUCUGGAGUAUGUGGGGAGCGGCUCUGAACAAGAUGGACAAGGACAAUACCUUGGAAGAUAUGCAAAUAGAAUGGUGCAAAGCCAGGGCACAGGCGAUGCGCUGGGCAGAAGAUGUGGAGUUGUUGAAGGAGGAGAUGCGAAGGCGCUGGGAUGAGCAGAGCCUGGGAAACGCACUACAAGACACAGACACAGACAAGCGCAAGGGACAGACGGUGUAUGCCAAACGUCAAGCUGUUUUACGUCGAAUUCUUGUGGAGUCCUUCAAGACCAGCUGGGCUGACACCCUGGCUCUGGUGAACACAUUCAAAGACAUGGACUUAGAUAGUACAUAA